AUGAUGAUGAGUCAGAAAACACCAUUGAGUCAACAAAUUCAAGUUGAAGAACCUCCAAAAGUUUAUCCGGUUCAAAGUGGUUCAAAUAGUAAUCAUGAAGAAAUAAUUAGCGAAAUUGAAGAAAACUUAAAAAAUAAAUUAACGAUUGAAGAAUUAGAUAGUCAAACCCAAACCGAUUAUCAAAAUAUCAAAGAUAAUAAAAUAAACGAAAACAUUAGCAAGCAAGGUGCCAAAAAAAGAAUUGAAAAACUAAGAAAAAAAGUGAAAAAUCUGGCAAAAUCCAUUUAA